AUGGAAGCUGGCUUGCCGGAGGCCACCCUCAUGCUCCUGGCCACUGGUGAGCCAGCGGCUGCCAGCCGUGCGAAAGCCGGGUCCCAGCAGCUUGGUGAGACCUUGGCGGAGGCGGAGAAGAGAGAGCUGAGGGCCCGCAAGGGAGCGAUCAGCGCCGAGGCGGACAGCAGCUGGCAGGCUUGGCGCUCGCUGCAUCCGCGCAUGGACGCCUCCUUGGAAGGCAACAAGGACGUGGAUGUGGAGGUGCUCCGGGUGGAGGACCUGGACGAUCCGUUCUACACAUUCACUCUUCCGGCUCAGCCCGAGGAGUGGCACAAGCCUGACAAGCGAUGGAAGAUCGGUGGCCUCAUCUUCGGCCCUACUAGCGAUGGCCGGUCGGGAGGUGCCUUCGGCCGGUUCCAGUCCAUGAAGACUUGGAUGAAGCGGGGCCGCCAGGGCCACAGCGCAGGGCGGCCGGCCUGA